AUGUGUGCGCAAAUGUUCUUUCUGCAGAGGACAUGGCUCUUCGGGUAUGGCUUGAUUUUUUAAUUUUUUGAAAGGAACAUAUGUUAUUCAAUUACGAAGACCUGGUUAAAUCAUCAGCUACAACGUUCGUUACAAUCUCAGGAAAAUGACCGAACCAAAUUUCCAAACUGCCAUUCCCUAAGCUUCAUAUGCAGCUAAGACAAGUGUUGCAUUUUUACAGGACCUUGGACAUACAUAAAGAUUAACAUUACCAAAAGCAACUUUUAUUUUGAAAUUUAAUCUCCUGCAACAAGGCUUCCAGUGGUGCUAGAUCAUAGUUCUGGCUUGAGAUCGUUUGCUUCAGUGCCAUGGAGUUCAUUUCAAACAUGACUUGGGUACACCCCAUGUUGGUUGAUGCAUUAAGCGCGUUUAGUAGUGACAGUGUCUCAGCAUGAAGGGCAUCAGAGAUAUGUUCCAGACUUCCUGCACCUGCAGUAAUGAGCAUUCCGCAAUCAUUUCUUAUGGUAAAGCCCCACCCGCCUGAAUGUGUUCAUGAAAUGCACAUUUUUAAUAACUCACUUGCCCGAGGAGUUCAUUUUUUAGGUGCUUUUCUACUUUUGAGUUGUUCUCGCUGCUUGACAUUUCUGUAUUCAUAAGUGUGGUGAAGAUAAUAUAUCAUCUGAGGAUUUGAUUUUAUCUCCGGCAUGGCUUGAUUCUUGUGUUGAUUGGAUAAGUGCCUAGUCUAUUCGGUGUAACAGGCCGGUGAUCAGUUCCGACAAUGUUGAAGCCAUUGAGACAAUGAUAGCUGGAGGCAGAUCUUUGGGAGUAGCUGCAGCAAUCUUCCCACAAUUGUUAUUACCUCGUUUGUGAAUUCCCGCAAACUAUCUUGGACAUUGUUAUAGAGAAGCAAAUUAUGUUGCGAUUUUAUAGUACUACAGUAGGUUUGAAGAGUUUCCGAAUGAACCUCUCUAGUAUGCCAAAAACGCUUUCAUAUUAUGAAACGGAGGGAGUAGUAACUAUUGUCAAAAGCUAAUAAUAAAGGGGUGAUGAUUUGAUUAAAAAAACAAGAAAUCUUCCCAAAUGGUUUCGCUACGCUGACUGGUGGGACCCAGUGCCAGAUGCGCCGUUUCCUCCGAGCAACCGAUUCUCGUCGAUGCCACCUGCAGCGCCGCCGCCUCCUCUCCGUCGUCGCUGGCGGCGACCAACCGAUCCGCGACCUCCCGCCGACCACCUGCGCUGUCCCAUGGAACCGCCUCCUCCGCGCCCACAUCUGCCGCUCCCGUCCGGACCUCGCGCUCGCGCUCUACCGCCGCAUGCGCGCGCUCUCCCCCACGCUCCCCAACUCCUACACACUCCCCCUCGCCCUCCGCGCGGCGACCUCCCCAAUCGCGUCCGCCAUCCACGCACACGCCCUCCACCUUGGCCUGCACGCCCACCCGGACGUCGCCGGGCAGCUCCUCGCCGCCUAUGCCAGGCACGGCCGCGCCGAUGAGGCCCACCACGUGUUCGACGCAAUGCCGUCGAAGAGGGCCACCAUGUCAUGGAACACGCUCAUCUCCGCGUACUCGGUCUGCUGCGACCCCAACAAUGCAAUGGCUACGUUUGCGCGCAUGGCCGCUGCUGGCGAGGCGCUCCCCGACGCCGUGACUUGGACGACGCUGCUCUCGGCGCACGCGAGGUGCGGUAAGCACCCGGUGGUUCUUGAACUGUUCGGAGACAUGCACCGCAGCGGAUGCGAAGGUAACGCCGAGUCCGUGGCUGUGGCGCUCUCCGCGUGCCCUUAUGCCGGCGACCUCGCAUUGGCGAAAGGGAGGGCGAUACAUGGCUACGGCGUCGCGAAGGGCGUCGUGCGUGGCUACCUGUUCGUGACGAACUCCCUGGUGUGCAUGUACGGCAAGCUGGGGAAGAUGGACGACGCCCGGGAGGUUUUCCGGGAAGCCGGGGAGAGGAACACCGUGACAUGGAACGCCCUCAUCACCAGCUACGCUGCUGCUGGGAUGUGCGACGAAGCGUUGAACGUGCUCGUCCGGAUGGAGCAGCGAGGCGGCAUGGUUGCUCCCAAUGUGAUGAGCUGGAGCGCUGUCAUCGGCGGCUUCGCGUCGUCCGGGGACAAUGAGCGCGCACUGGAGCUGUUCCGGCGGAUGCAACAGCAAUGGCUUUCGCCGAACGUGGUGACCUUAGCUACCGUUCUCUCAGCCUGCACCGAGCAGCUGGCGGUGCGGCUGGGUCGGGAGGUCCAUGCCGAUGCGAUCAGAUCCAUGGUCGACCGGCACUCGCUCGUCGCGAACGGGCUCAUCAACAUGUACGCCAAGUGCGGGAGAGUCGCCGACGCACGCACGGUGUUCGACGGUAUGAAGAGCAGGGACCUGGUCUCCUGGAACUCUAUGUUGGCCGGCUAUGGGAUGCACGGCCUGUGCGACGACGCCCUGGCAGUGUUCACAGACAUGGCAGAAGCUAAGGUCGAUCCUGACGGUGUCACCUUCGUCGCCGUUCUGUCCGCGUGUAGCCACGCAGGGCGGGUGUCCGAGGGCCGCCGUCUGUUCGAUCAGAUGAUACUGGAGCACAAGAUUUCCCCAUCCAUGGAGCACUACACGUGCAUGGUAGACCUCCUGGGGCGGGCUGGCUUGCUCAAGGAGGCGUCCGAGUUCAUCGAGACGAUGCCGAUGGGAGCCGACCUGUGCGUGUGGGGCGCGCUGCUCAACUCCUGCAGGAUCCAUGGGGACGCAGCAAUGGCCGAAGCCACCAUAGCGAAGGCUCUGCAGGCCGGCGUGGUGACCACCGGCAACCACACGCUGAUCACGAACCUGUACGCCGCGUGCGGGAUGUGGGACGACUCCAAGAGGGUGAGGGUGAUGACGAGGGAGGCCGGCUUGAGGAAGAACCCGGGGCAGAGCUGGGUUGAGGUGAAGAACAAGGUGUUUGCCUUCAUGGCCGGCAGCGUCCCGCCGUCGAUGCCCAGAGCUGAGGACGUCUUCAGAGUGCUCGACGAUUUGUAUCGCGAAAUGGAUGACCAGAGACGCGCCAUAGAGGAGGAUCACAUUGUAAACGUUUGAUAGAAGAGAAAGCUUUUGCAGAUA